UUUUACGCAGACGUCAUUUUUUUCUCUGCACCGUGUCAAGUUGUGUAUCAGCCACAGCAGAAAAUAAAGAAAACCUGUCCUCGACUUGCUCCAGGCUCGGUGAUCUCCGUGUAGUGUUAUUUUGCGUAUUUUUUCCGUUUAACGCUUGCCAGAAUUAACUUUGUAUUCAUCGGAUAGUGAUACCAAUUUCGUAUCUUCCUCUACUGUAGCGUGAUAUAGUGGUUUCCAUUACGCCAAUAACAACGCUUUCUCUGGCACAGCAGUACCCACAAAAUCCCGUUAGAUAAUCGUGUUUUGUUGGACAACUCCGAUCUCUUGUUGAAACUGAUAAACUGGAUAUUGCACGAGUGAAAGCAUCAGCCUUUGAUUCCCGGAAUAUGUUUUUGUUUAUCUGCAGUAACACACAAAAAGUGAUUAUAUAAAAACAAAUAAAAAAGGUUCUCAAGGAGGUGGAGAAACGUAGAAUUUUUGUUGACAGUGGUGUUCCCAAUUUUGUACUCAUUCCAUUGGCGUUUUACUUUUCUCGUGGUAAAAGUAGGUGCGGAAAACGCAACCGUACCGAGGAAAACCAUUGUGCAAUCACGUUGCACAAAGCACUGGCGGAACGAGCUGCGGUAGAAACAAAAUUUAUUUUUGUUGAAAAGUUUACGUCAUUCGUGGUGGAACUGUGUGAGAAGUCGUGGAAAUUUAGUGCAAGAUUGAUCCAUCCGUAAGAGUAAACGACAAAAAUAGCAAACACACGCUUCGAUCAAUUAUCGACGAUUGGAAAAUAAAACCAUUAGGCAAAUGAUCUCAAUGAUUUGGCAGCAGUAAAACGCGGAAGGAACGUUGUGUUCUAUUUAUUUGAUGAUUGCGAAACUGAUAUCAUCAUCGCUGCAUACAAUAUCUCAGUGCAGUUGCGUAGCAGGCAGACGUGCAGCUAAACUAGGCUGACGACGACGUACGAAACAUAAACUCUACAGAGUCAUCUGGAUCAUCAGCCGUCGGUGGGGGUGGAGCGGUGAACGUCAGUCGACCAAACAGAGGAAAAAAAUCAUUGAAGCAAGCAGCAGAAAGGUGGGACAAGGUGGAAGAGAAGAAAACAGAAAAUCGUUGUUUUUCUCUUCGUUAUUUACUUUCGAGCGCUUCAGGGCUAAGCCUUGUCUAAAAAAGCAGACACAUUUUGCCGAUAACAAAAGCGACGACUUGCAGCGAAAAUGACAGCAACGGACAACACGAUUCGGUUCAGUGAUCACACAUUGGACAAAGCGACCAAGGCGAAAGUGACGCUGGAAAAUUACUACAGCAACCUGAUAACGCAGCAUGGCGAGCGCAAACAGCGACAGGCCAAGCUGGAAGCUUCGCUGAAGGACGAGGCCCUUUCCGAAUCUCAGCGGCAGGAGAAACGGAUGCAGCACGCUCAAAAGGAAACGGAAUUUCUACGGCUGAAACGGUCUCGUCUGGGCGUGGAAGACUUCGAAGCACUGAAAGUUAUAGGUCGAGGAGCGUUCGGUGAGGUGCGACUGGUACAGAAAAAAGAUACCGGUCAUGUGUACGCGAUGAAAGUUCUUCGGAAAGCAGACAUGUUGGAGAAGGAGCAGGUGGCGCACGUUCGAGCCGAAAGGGAUGUACUUGUUGAAGCGGAUCAUCAGUGGGUAGUCAAGAUGUACUAUAGCUUUCAGGAUUCGGUUAACCUGUACUUGAUUAUGGAGUUUCUACCGGGAGGCGACAUGAUGACAUUACUUAUGAAGAAAGACACCCUCUCGGAGGAGUGUACCCAGUUCUAUAUUGUUGAAACGGCACUGGCUAUCGACUCUAUCCAUCGGCUGGGCUUCAUUCAUCGGGACAUAAAGCCAGACAAUUUGCUUCUAGAUGCCCGUGGUCACUUAAAACUAUCGGAUUUCGGACUUUGCACUGGAUUGAAAAAAUCUCAUAGGACGGACUUUUACCGCGAUUUGUCACAGGCGAAACCGUCGGACUUCAUUGGAACCUGCGCCAGUCCGAUGGAUUCGAAAAGAAGAGCCGAAAGUUGGAAAAGGAAUCGCCGGGCAUUGGCUUACAGUACCGUCGGCACACCGGAUUAUAUCGCUCCGGAAGUGUUUUUACAAACCGGUUACGGUCCGGCUUGCGACUGGUGGUCCCUCGGAGUUAUUAUGUACGAAAUGCUGAUGGGCUAUCCACCGUUUUGUUCGGAUAAUCCCCAAGACACAUAUCGGAAAGUGAUGAACUGGCGCGAGACGCUAAUCUUUCCACCGGAGACACCAAUUUCGGAAGAGGCACGUGACACGAUUGUGAAAUUUUGCUGCGAAGCCGAGCGGAGAUUGGGUUCGCAACGCGGUAUUGAGGAUUUGAAGUUGGUGUCUUUCUUCCGAGGAGUUGAUUGGGAACACAUUCGAGAAAGACCGGCUGCUAUUCCAGUAGAAGUACGUUCAAUCGACGAUACUUCCAACUUUGACGAUUUCCCCGACGUUGCUCUGGAAAUACCUGCUCAUCCAACGCCGGAAGGUGAAGUACUCAAAGAUUGGGUCUUUAUCAAUUACACCUUUAGACGGUUCGAAAGCCUCACGCAGCGUGGCACUCCAACAAAGAAAUAGGCUCGUUAAUUUUCUGACUCAAUUUUCCCCGAUGUCUCUUGCUAUUCUUACCUUUACAACAACGCUUUUACUGGAAACUGAAUGCAGUUUGGCGAGCAUAAUAUAGAGAGAAAAUAGUGCAUAUAUUUAACGACGUAAUUAUAACUUAACAACCCGCUCGGAUUCUGGAGUAGGGCAUUAACAAAGUGACUCAACUAAAACCACGUAAUUAAGCAUCCGCUAUUGUGAAGUACACAGAUAAAGAUUAUAAUGAAAUUUAAAAGAAAAACAUUCUCGCUCGUAUAUAUCAAAGAAUAUUGAUACUACAGGCUAUAGGGAGUUAUAGUGCAAGAUAGUCCUUUCCACGUUUACAUUUGGUUCAUAUUUUAGUUUAUUUGUCAGCUUUCACCGCCAAGUAGAUUUAUGAAUAAUUUUACGUUAACAGCGAUUAUGAUUGAAACGCUUGCUUAGCAAAUAUGAGUAAAAAAAAAAUGCAGCGAGAACAAAACUAAUCGCAACUGACACAGACAUCCAAAUAAUAGAAAUGAUAUCCAUAAUUCACCCAUCCAUGCCCCUUGGAAACUAUAUGAACAAAAGCGUUAAACCGAAUUCCGUUCUAGCUGUGACGCCUAGGCUAUAGUAGAAAAAGGUGUUCAUUACGCGAAACAGGACAGUUAUUUAGCGAAAAAAAGCAAACGAUGUGCAACUUCAGUAGAGACGUCCCGUGCGGCAGAGGAAAUCUGUUCGUAUACUUCAUAUAGCUUAUAUAAAGAGAAAAGAAUCUAAAAAACUUGUGAGCAUUUCAGACCAGGAAUGAAUGGGUUGGAUUAACAGCUAAAUAGUAUUAAUAGGUAGUUAUUAUUUUAAAAUCGUUUAUCCUAGUUUUAAGUUUGAAUGUUUUAGUUGUAGUAGAGCAAACCAUAUACACACACUAGUUCUGAUAGGCAAUGGAUUUUCGGAUGAUUUGUUUAGUACUGUACAUAAUUGCUUAUUUAAAGAAGAAUUCAAAACAAACAACACUACUUGCAAUUUUUUAUUGAAAUUUAUUCUUUGGUUACUUUAUUAUGUUCAUUGUGCUUCAAGCAUCGUUUGGCCAGCCAACGAAAAAAAACUUUGUUUUGGUUUUUAUAGAUGUUUAAUAACUACUUUUAUUGCUGAAGUAAUAAAAAAAUAUUUAAAGCGAGACUUUUUUGUAGUCGAGUGUCCAGAAUGAGCAAAUAUAUCUUCUAUGUUCUAUUUUAUUUCAAAUAACGAAGAACAAAAAUAAAACGUCAUACGUCAACUGAGUGUAGGCUAAGAACAGUGUGUUUUAGUGUAAUCAAUUGAAUGAAAAUAGCUGUAGUUAAUUUUUACCUUUCCUUCCUGUCCAAAACAGUGUACAUGCUUUGCUAGUUUAUUCCCCUGGCACUUUUGCUUUUGAUUACAUUCAAACGAAGAAUCUACACCCAACUCUAAACUGAGGAAUAAAGUGAUACAUAGAUGGA